UGUAAAGUCAAUUGAAAAAAAAAACCUAAAACGCCUGAAAUUUUGCCUAAAAAUCCUAAAACGCCUAAAAACUAGGUUAUAAAAAUGUUAAUGUUGCGGAAUUUCUCAAAAGUAAUAAAAGAUUUAGGCUUGUAUAAAAAAUCGAAACAUGUAAUUUUUAACGUUGUGCGCACUAAUAAAUCGUUUAGCGGCUCAAUAAAAAUACCAAAAUCAAAGGAUAGGGAGCCAGGCGAAGUAAUAAAAUGGGUGUUAUUGAUGAUUCCUGUAACAUCAUUUGGUUUGGGCUGUUGGCAAGUUUACAGACUGCAGUGGAAACUGGAGUUGAUAGAAAUUCUGCAAGCAAAAUCUAACGCUCCACCUGUUGUGAUGCCAGAAGAUUUUGAAAAACUUGAGAGUAUGGAAUACAGGCCCAUCAAAGUGAAAGGCGAGUUCCUUCAUGACAAAGAAAUUCUGAUUGGACCCAGAGCUCUUAUUGAAAAUGAUGUUAUUCUGCCGCGAACUGGUUCCCUUAUGUCAGACCCUAAGAAGAAUCAGGGUUGGCUGGUCAUCACUCCUUUUAAGUUAUCUGAUAGUGGGAAAGUUAUAUUAGUAAACAGAGGCUGGAUACCACAGAGUAUGCGUCCUAAAGAGAAACGACAGCCUUCUCUGAUUACUGGUGAAGUAGAGCUGACAGGGAUACUGCGUCUCACUGAAGCUAGGAGUCCGUUCAUGCCGAAAAAUAACCCUGAAAAAGGAUCUUGGAUGUACAGGGAUUUGGAUCAAAUGAGUGCUUAUCUUGGCUCCGAACCCAUCUGGUUGGAUGCAAAGGGAAUCCCUGAUCCGCCCGCUGGUUGGCCAUUGCCGAAUCAGACCAGAGUGACUAUGAGGAAUGAACAUGUAUCUUACCUUGUAACAUGGUAUUUGCUGUCCGCUUUCACUGGAACAAUGUGGCAUCGAUAUUUUAUCAGGAAACUACCACUGUUAUAAAACAAGUAAUUGUAUAUACUUUAUUGCUUUGUAGAAUUAUUUUAUUGUAGUUAAGCAUCAAUGUUUAAUUAUAUAGUAUAUUAAUUUAAUAUA